CAUCAUCCGCCACCGCGGCUCCAACACGCUGAAUUUCGACUUCCACGACAGCCGUGGCACAGCUGAGCGUGCCCAGGUGGCACCCAGGAGCCCAGGUACCCACCCCCGGGGGGCACAUGUGGGCACCCCCGCGGGCCGAGGGCGAAGGCUCACCCUCACCCGCCCUGUCCCCAGUUACCGAGUGGUACCAGACCUGGCCAGCCAAGGAGGGGAAGGUCCCCAGCAGCCUGGCACCCGCUGGCCCCGUGCCCACCCCCGGGGCUGUGCCAGCUUGCCCCCGGGCGCCAGGCUGGUCUGGCACCUGGACCAAGGACAGCAAGCGGCGGGAGCGGCGCUGGGUGAAGUACGAUGGCAUCGGGCCGGUGGAUGAGACAGGGAUGCCAAUCGCCUCCCGCUCGAGCGUGGAUCAGCCCCGGGACUGGUACCGCAGCAUGUUCCGACAGAUCCACCGCAAGCUGCCUGAGCCCGACUGGGAUGCCCAGCGCUGCCCCGUGGGCGAAUCCAGCCCCUCGCCCCCCGCGGUGCCUCCAGACCCACGCAGGAAGGAGACGGUGCCCACGGACUCGCCCAGCGUGCCCAACGGGCUGGACUGGACCCACUGGGGUGCCACCCGUGCCACCGCGGAGCCGGGCAGCAUUUUCGACUAUGAACCAGGGAAGUCCUCGGAGCCACAGCAGCCCCUGGCAGCGGUGCCACCGGCGCGGGCUCAGUCCAUCGAGGUGCUGCUGGAGCAGGAGCUGGAGCAGCUCAGCCAGGAGCUGGACAAGGACAUGAGGGCCAUGGAGACGCGGGGGCACCCGUGCCAGGGCUCCGCUCGCUCCCCGGCUCCGGCCCCCGCCCGGAGCCCUCGGUCACCUCACUGGCUGCAGCCCCCACCCCCCAGCCACAGCAUGGAGCGAGGUGGCCUGGGGCUGGCUGCUGACCGGAGCCGAGCAGCCCCCGGCAGAGGCCGAGCUGGGGGGUGGCACCCCAUGGCCCCCCAACAUUUUGCAGACACCCUCAGGCCAGAGACCCUUCCCAGCCUGCCUGACAUGGGGGAGCCCCCGGAGGCUGUCAGGAGGGAGGAGAAGAAGAUGAAAGCUGCUCGCCUCAAGUUUGACUUCCAAGCUGAGUCACCCAAGGAGCUGGCACUGCAGAAGGGAGACAUCGUCUACAUCCACAAGGAGGUGGACAGGAACUGGCUGGAGGGGGAGCACCACGGCCGGGUGGGCAUCUUCCCCUCCAACUACGUGGAGAUCCUGCCCCCCACCGAGGUGCCCAAGCCCAUCAAGGCCCCCAGCCUCCAGGUGCUGGAGUAUGGAGAGGCCCUGGCGCUCUACACCUUCCGCGGGGAGCUGCCCGUGGAGCUCUCCUUCCGCAAGGGGGAGCAGAUCAGCCUGGUGCGGAGGGUGGAUGAGCACUGGUACCAAGGGCGCAUCUCGGGCACCAGCCGCCAGGGCAUCUUCCCUGCCAGCUACGUGCAGGUGCAGAAGGAGCCAAGGCUGAAGGCCACCGCCGAGGACUUCUCCUCCUCCCCCUCCUCCUCUUCCUCCUCCAGCCCUCGGCUCGCGGCCAAGUCGCCCUCCCUGCAGCGCUGCCCUGGUCCCCAGGGCUCCCCCAGGCUGGCAGAGCGGGCUCCCGGCGAUGCCAGGCUGUGCCCAUCCUCCUCCCCGCAGCACCUCGGCUUCUCCUUCUCCCACUCCCCCAAGCUGCCCCACGCCAGCCCCCUGAGCCCCUCCCCAGCCCCCUCCGGCCCCCUGCCCGCUCCGGCCAGCCACCCCCAGCAGCCCCGGAGCCCCAAACAGUGCCCAGCCCCGGGGGCACCUCCCGGCGCCCGCCCCGAGCCUGCUCCGUCCUACAACGGCUCCGAGAUCCGAUGGACGCCGUACCGGGCACUGUACCAGUACCAGCCCCAGAACGCCGACGAGUUGGAGCUGCUGGAGGGGGACUGCGUGGAUGUGCUGCAGCAGUGUGACGAUGGCUGGUUCGUGGGUGUGUCCAGGAGGACGCAGAGGUUUGGCACCUUCCCUGGCAACUACGUGGCACCGGUGUGAGCCCUGGAGAGGAGGAGGAGCCUGGGG